AUGCACUCGUAUUUAGAAGAAUUAAAGAAAAAAGAGAUCAUAGUUAAAUAAAUCAAUUCACUCAUUUAAUAACUUCAGUAACAUCAUUUAACUUAGUCUCUUGUUCCUAAAAGUCAUUAAGAAAUAGCUGAGUUUAUGGUGCUUAAUAAACUCAGGAAUGUUGAUACUUAUAUUCAAUUAUGUGAAAUGACAGGAAAAUGCUUAGGAUAAGCAAGAUCAGAUAUUAAAGAGAAUGAUAAAACCAUAAAUGAUUUGUUUCAUAUUUAAUUAUUGCAAUUUGGAUUACAAAGAAAGAAGGAUGAAAAGAAGGGCUAUCGGAAACAUUACAAAAUGCCUAUCAUUCACAUAAACACUCCCAGUACAGAGUAAGACUCUUGUAGUUUUUAUAAUAAAAAAUAAAAAAAAAAAGAUAAAUAUUUGAAAUUGCAAAAAGUCAUAGAGUAGAUACAAUCUAAUUAAUCCUUAAUAGAUAAAGUGAAAAUUGAAGAGUACUUUCAAAAUAAAAAGAUAUAGAAGUUACUUUAAAUUGAUGGAUGGAAGAUUAUCGAUUAAUCUCCUCUUCAUCAACCUGUAUCUGAUCAAUUAAUUAAGAAGUCCCUACAUUAUUAUUACACUUAUUGUAAGUCAAUUGUAGAAGGUUUUAUGCAUGUAAUUGACAAUAAGUCAUGA